AUGGCGAGUUUCUUACCUCAGUUUCAGAGUAUCAAGACGACCUUCGAUCACGUUGUACUUGCCGUCGAGGAUGUAAGUGAUCUGUGGCCAACGGUCAAGAAUGAUUUUGAAGAAAGGUUGCCGUUCAAGAGAGCUUUUCUAAAUAACAAGACCCGUAAUCCGGUGCUUGUUGAUGAAUUACCUGCUGAAUUUAUACUGACUACGGAUGCAAGACUACGUAGUCGAUAUCCUCAAGAGCAAUCAUUAUUCUGGUUCAGAGAACCAUACGCAACUAUUGUUCUUGUUACUUGUGAGGAUCUUGACGAGUUUAAGAACAUUCUCAAACCACGUCUUAAACUAAUUGUUCAAAAUGAUGAACGGGAAUGGUUUAUUGUUUUUGUGUCUAAAGCUCCAGCCCAUAACGAUCAGGCAACCAAGAUGGCAAAAAAAGUUUAUGCCAGACUUGAAGUUGAUUUUAGUUCUAAGAAGAGGGAAAGGUGCUGCAAAUUGGACAUCAAUGGGCCUGAAGCGAAUUUCUGGGAAGACCUGGAAGCUAAGACGAUGGAGUGCAUUAGGAAUACACUUGAUAGACGAAUCCAGUUUUAUGAAGAGGAAAUUCGGAAGCUCAGCGAACAGCGAUUUAUGCCAGUUUGGAACUUCUGCAAUUUUUUUAUCUUGAAGGAAAGUUUGGCCUUUAUGUUCGAGAUUGCUCAUCUCCAUGAAGAUGCUUUACGUGAAUAUGAUGAGCUUGAACUCUGUUAUUUGGAAACAGUCAAUAUGGUUGGAAAGAAGAGGAACUUUGGAGGAGUGGAGCAGGGUGAUGAUCAAGCUAUGCUGUUUGACCCCGGGAGAAAACCAUUGACUCAGAUUGUUCAUGACGACUCAUUUAGGGAGUUUGAGUUCAGGCAGUAUCUAUUUGCCUGUCAAGCAAAGCUACUCUUCAAAUUAAAUCGUCCGUUCGAAGCUGCUUCAAGGGGUUAUUCUUUCAUAGUUAGUUUCUCAAAGGCAUUGACUUCACAUGAGAAUACAUUGCCCUUCUGCAUGCGUGAAGUUUGGGUAAUAACAGCUUGCUUGGCGUUGAUCGAAGCAACCACUUCUCAUUAUAAAGAUGGAUUAGCAGCGCCUGAUGUUGAAAAGGAGUUUUACCGUGUACUUGGGGAGAUUUAUUCUUUGUGUCGAACUAAGUUUAUGCGGCUAGGUUAUUUAAUUGGCUAUGGAUCACAUAUAGAGAGAAGUCCUGUCAACAGUGCUUCACUCAGCAUGUUGCCAUGGCCUAAGCCUCUAGUUUGGCCAUCACUUCCACCAAAUUCUUCAUCUGAAGUCCUAGAAAAAGAAAAGAUGAAUCUUCAAGAAUCUCCAAGGCUUAGGCACUUCGGCAUCCAAAGGAAGCCUCUGCCCCUUGAGCCAUCCAUUCUAUUGCGUGAGGCUAAUCGUCGUAGAGCUUCUCUCUCAGCUGGAAAUAUGUUUGAAAUGUUUGAUGGUCGUCCUAAUGCUACUGACGGUUCAGGACCAGUAUCCAUGUCAAGAACAUUCUCUUCACCGGGGAAUUUCGAAGGUUCAAUUGAUCGGCCUAUGAGGCUCGCAGAAAUAUAUGUUGCCGCGGAGAAUGCUUUACGCAAUACAAUUUCUGAUUCAAAACUAUGGAAUUCGUUAGCCUCUGCUGAGCAAUUUGAGCAAAAAUAUCUGGAUCUGUCAAAGGGUGCUGCAGAUAACUACCAUCGUUCUUGGUGGAAGAGACAUGGAGUUGUCCUGGAUGGUGAAAUUGCAGCAGUGUACCAUAAGCAUGAAAAUUACUAUUCUGCUGCAAAUUUGUAUGAGAAAGUUUGUGCCCUUUAUGCGGGUGAAGGAUGGGAGAACCUACUAGCUGAAGUUCUACCGAAUUUGGCCGAGUGUCAAAAGAUACUCAAUGAUCAGGCCGGCUACCUCUCGUCUUGUGUGAGAUUGUUGUCUGUAGAUAAAGGAUUGUUCUCAACCAAGGAACGUCAGGCAUUUCAGUCAGAAGUCGUCCGUCUUGCUCAUAGUGAGAUGGAGCAUCCAGUGCCCUUAGACGUGUCUUCCUUAAUAACAUUUUCGAGCUUUCAGGGACCUCCACUUGAGCUUUGUGAUGGGGACCCUGGCACACUAUCUGUUUCUCUAUUGAGUGAAUUUCCAGAUGAUAUAACUCUUGAAUCACUCAGCCUUAUGCUGACAGCUACGAAUAAUACUGAUGAAGGUGCUAAGGCAAUAAAAAGCUCGGAAGCUAUUGUGCUAAGGCCUGGGAAAAAUAUCAUCACCCUUUCGCUGCCACCACAAAAACCAGGGUCCUAUGUCUUGGGGGUUCUCACUGGGCAGAUUGGUCAAUUAAGGUUUAGAUCUCAUAGUUUUUCAAAAAGUGGUCCUGCAGAUUCUGAUGAUUUUAUGAGCUAUGAGAAACCAACAAGGCCAAUUUUGAAGGUUGCUAAUCCAAGGUCUCUGGUUGAUCUUGGUGCUGCUGUUUCUUCUGCUUUGCUGAUGAAUGAAUCUCAGUGGGUUGGAAUAAUUAUUACACCGCUCAACUACUCCCUUAAAGGUGCUGUACUGCAAAUAGACACUGGCCCUGGCUUGAGGAUCGAGAAGAGUCAUUACUUUGAAAUUGAGAAGCACGAACUUCGGUUACAUAAUAUAGCCAACUUAGAUAACUCACCAAAGAAUCUGUCUCCAGUGUCUACUGAUGUCAGCAAAUUGACUCUUGAAGAUGGCAAGAUCAAGUUGCCUGAUUGGACUAGCAAUAUUACUUCAGUUCUCUGGAUUCCACUAAGGGCGGUUAGUGAUGGACUCGCUAAGGGGACACCUGCAGGUGCAGUUGUUCCUCAGAGGCAGAGUGUUGUGGAUGGUAUGAGGACAAUUGCUCUGAAACUUGAUUUUGGAAUUUCUCAUAAUCAGACCUUCGAAAAGACAAUAGCUGUGCAUUUCACAGAUCCUUUCCAUGUGAGUACGCGUGUUGCAGACAAAUGUAAUGAUGGUACUCUGCUUUUCCAGGUCAUGCUCCAGUCACAGGUCAAAGCUUCACUGGCCAUCUAUGAUGCUUGGCUUGAUCUACAAGAUGGCUUUGCCCAUGCUGGAAAAGGUGAUGGGAGACCAGCUUCAGGCUUCUUUCCUCUAUUAGUUUCCUCCAAAUCAAAAGCUGGAAUUUUGUUCAGUAUAUGCUUGACAGGCUCACCAGCCGAAGAUGAUGCUAAAUUGAAUCCAGUUAGUAUAUUGAAUAUCAAAUAUACAAUAUCUGGAAGUAGACAUAUUGGAGCUCACACCCCUUUAUCCGGAGAACCUUCUGGACCUGAUAAUGAUAAGGCAGAGCAUUUGACGUUUAGGACUGAAAUCGUAUUGCAGAGACCAGUGCUGGACCCUUGCCUUGCUGUUGGUUUUCUUCCUCUCCCUCCGAAUGGCCUCAGGGUUGGGCAGCUCGUGACUAUGAACUGGCGAGUUGAAAGGUUGAAGGCUUUAGACGAGAAAGUGGAAUCUGGUAACACUGAUGAUGUGUUAUAUGAAGUUAAUGUUAAUCCUGAAAACUGGAUGGUUGCUGGAAGAAAAAGAGGAUAUGUGUCACUCUCCACCCAACAAGGUUCGAGGAUUGUGAUCUCGAUAUUUUGCCUCCCUCUGGUUGCUGGUUAUGUCAGUCCACCUCAGCUGAGUCUACCAAAUGUUGAUGAGGCAAAUAUAAGUUGCAACCCACCUGGGCCCUAUUUGGUCUGCGUCUUGCCUUCGGCCCUAAGCUCCUCGUAUUGUGUGCCGGCAUAA